AUGGCAACCACGCGCUUUUCAGGGCCCGGCGCCUCCCUGAAGAUCACCCCCUCCAACUCCCCUGUGCUGCGCCCAGGCACCCGAUCACCCAGCAAGUCCUCGCACCAAUCGUCACUAUCGCUUCAGACAGUGCUGGGUACAACGACCACGACCCCGAAUGGCUUCUCCAGUCAUGACCAGAGCAAGCGCUUUGCCCUAUGCGCGGGCUCUGCCGCAGUGCUUGCCGAGCUGGACGACGACGCCAACAUCAGCCAGCGCUUCUUCCGAGCUCGCCCCUCAGCUACGAGCGUGAAUCCAACCACUUCAUUUUACAAUCAGUCUACCCCGCCAGCGACACCGGAUCCCAAGUCGCGUUCCCUUUCACACAUUCGCUCUAAUCCACACAUCAAUCUCCCUGCGUCGCCGUCUGGCGACGCUGCCGAUAACGGAAGCCCGCGUGCAUGGUCCUCGAGGGAAAGGAUCAAGGCGGUAACUAGUGUUUCGAUCAGCCCAAAUGGAAGAUUUCUGGCAGUGGGAGAGACCGGUUACAAUCCCCGCGUGUUGAUCUUUUCAACUGCCGCAGACGCUUUACCAGAUGUUCCUCUUUCGAUCCUGAGCGACCAUACAUUUGGUGUCCGGAGCCUCGCCUUCAGCCCUGAUUCGCAAUAUCUGGCAACCCUCGGCAAUGUGAAUGACGGUUUUCUCUUCAUCUGGUCCAUCAACCUUAAGAAUGGCUCGGCCAAGCUUCACUCGGCGAACAAAUGUACAUCCGUCAUUCACGAUAUGUGCUGGCUGGGUCAAUCUUUGGUGACGACCGGUGUGCGCCAUGUCAAGGUAUGGAGGCUUCCUACUACUCGACCAGUCUCCCCAACCAAGUCUCGUUUGAACGUGGAUGGAGCAGGCCCCUCGCCAAACCCCGCUCCGAAAGCUCUCUCGGGGAGAAACUGCCUCUUGGGACCGCUGGGAGACAGCACUUUCAGCUGUGUAGGCAGCAUUUCGGACAACGAGGCCGUGGUUGGCACGGAGUCCGGUGCUUUAUGCCUCAUAGAUGAUAGGGAAGGGUCCCAGAAACUGUGCACGGUGGCACAGCUCGGUUUUGGCGUGACAUCUUUGGCGGUUGAUUUCGAUCGAGAGUGCGUCUGGCUGGGAGGGCGCGGCAGGAGGAUGCAGCGAUUGACUUUCGAGGCCAUUCGAUCACCGCCCGUGCCUACUCCCAUGUCACCCGCCCGAAUGGAGAAAGGCGCAGUGGAAAAGAAAAGUAAGGCGCCUCCCAUUAUGUGCAUGGGCUCUCUUUCCUCCCACUUGGUGACGGUGGAAGCGACCCGUGAAAUCCACCUCUACCCAAUGGACGCUUUACGAGAAGAGGGCGAGCAUGAACGGGAAGCUGGCGAGAACUCUAUGCCGGCUCACCGGGACCCGGUGCUCGGCCUGCGUCGUUUAAAGGCCCCAAAUGCUUUCUCUGCGGAUUUCUUCUCGUGGUCUCGCAAUGGUUCCGUGAACUUCUGGGAAGCUCGAGGAAAGUGUUUGCAUUCCAAGGUGGUGCCAUUCGAUCAAUGCCAGGCGAUCGAAGAUGAUAUCGCAAAUGAAAUGAAGGUUUUAAGAGCCGGAGACAAGGCGGAGUGGUUUGUCGCAGGGGACAAAUUCGGUGUGCUCAGGCUUCUUUCGAACGAGCCCUGGGUUUGUGUCAAUGAAGCCCGCGCCCAUGGGGCCGAGAUCACGGACAUCGCCAUCCACUCUACUGCUGACUCUUGCCUGGUUGCCAGCUCUGGCCGAGAUCGCACUGUGCAGCUUUUCGAGAAGAAAGACAACGCACUGCAGCUGAUCCAGACCAUGGACGACCACGUUGGAGCAGUGGGUCAAAUUAUGUUCUUGAACGACGGCGAGAAGCUGCUGUCGAGCUCUGCGGAUCGCACAAUCCUCAUUCGAGAGCGUGCGACGCGAGAGGUGGAUGGAGCAACUUCCGUUGCCUACCUCAUAUCCAGAGUCAUUUCCCUCAAAUCUUCUCCAGUUUCCAUGACUGUCUGCCCUGACGAUUCGAACUUGCUUUUCGUGUCAACUAUGGACCGCUGCAUUCUCAAGUUCGACAUUCCAUCUGGUCGACAACUCCACUGCUUCCGAGCAUCUGACUCGGAAGCAACCGACGCGGUGAUCAUGACUGCUUUGACCGUCACCUCGGAGGUUCCAGGCCAUUGCCCGAAACUUCUAAUUGGAGUUUCCAGCACGGACAAGUCCAUCCGCGUAUAUGACCUGGAGCGAGAUCAGUUGCUCACUGGAGAGUUUGGGCAUACAGAAGGCGUCAGUGAUGUGUUGCUUGUAGAACAGUCUGAUGAGUCUGACAAGCCCGUUCCUAAACGGCACUUGAUCUCUGCUGGAAUGGAUGGCAUUCUGAUGAUCUGGUGUCUAUCGGUACAACAACAAAUUUCACAGGAUCUCCAGAAUGGGCGAGACGAUGAAGGCCCCACGAAGGAAAUGACUGCCGCCAAACCACCCCUGCGGAAGGUUCUUUCAAGGAGUGAGCUAGCUGGAUUUCGACCCGAGAAUCCCUUGGGCACACCUACUCCUAUCCGCGAGCGCUCUCCGACAUUGGCUAGAAAGAUGUCAAAAUUGUCUCUGACACCAUCGACUCUAAAGAACAACUCACUCGCCGAAACGCCGUCUCCCCCCAAUCGCCGCUCGCCUACAUGUUUCACGCCGACAGACCAAAGCCGCCGGUCCCCAUCUCCAGUCAGUCCAAAGACGAAGACAUCAACCUAUAAACAGCCCAGCAGUGCACGAAGCACCAACCGCCGAACAUCCACAGACUUCCGCUCACGCGCCAAAACCUCCACUCGGAGCGAAUUCGGGAGUCUGGAAAUGUCCACUGAACAAGUAUGCCGGACUCUGCGAGCUUAUCGCAAAAAGCUCAACGGCUCAAGUCAGCAAAUGAAGGCUCAGAAAGAGCUUGAGCGAGAACUGAAUCUCACGCUUCGUGCCGUAAGCACGCGGUCCCAGACCAGCGACGAGAGCGGCGAGACCGGGACUGACAGCAGUGGCAAGGACAUGGACCGCAAGCCAAGCUACUCAUCGGUCUCUUCUCGGUCUCCUCAUAUGCCUCGCCACAUGCCCUCCACUCCAUCCCUGCGCCAUACGGGCGCUCGUAAGGUUAUAAGGAGCCAAUCUUAUGAUGCGAAUGUCGACGAUUGA